AUGAACACAACGACCCCAUAUACCCCGGUUGUGUCGAUAAUCGGGUUUCACCACGCGAGGGGACCUGAGGUUGAGCAUUGGAUUGGAGUGGAUGACCAAGAUCACAUAUCGGAAUGGCCGCUGCUCCCUUUUCUGGCACUCGCCGAUGGAGCCCAUUUCGCAGAAGAAGACUUUUCGUACUUCACCCUGAAGCACGAAACAGCCUCAGGGCCAACAACUUUGUUCGGGAUAUCCUGUACUAGACAGCUGGACUCGAAUGAGCUUAUAGACCGGCCUGCAGAUGUCACGCGCUCCACGGUUCAGAAGGCUGUAGUCGUUAUUGCGAAUAGCCCAACGUUCUUCUUUGGACAUUUGAAGCAACAGCUCUCAGCCGUAACGACAGCUUGGUUUGCACAAAGGAACUUCGAGGAUUUGGAUAUUAUAACGAAAUUUCAAGAGAGCUUGAAAAAAGCUUUCAAAGAUAUUGAACAUGGACGCGAACAGUAUGUUGGUUUGUCACUUCGGGAAUUGGUUUACGAAUUUCGGCACCAAACACUAGUGUUAUUCAAAUGUGCUCUUUUGCAACCUAAGAUGCUAUUCUUUGGCUCACGGUGUGAAAGGCUUUGCAUGACACAGUUUUCACUUCUUUCGCUUGUCCCAGGGCUGCUGCGAAACCUAGAAGACUGCAGUGAUCCUGAUCUAAAUAGCUAUGAAUCUAAGCUAAGAAAGCCAACGUCUGUCAAGACUAGCGAUAGGCAAUCUCUUCUGAAAUUUAUGGGUUUCCCCCUUCAAAUUUUCGGAAAGGGAGCUCUAUUUGGACCAUAUACCCCCUUGCAACAGCUCGAUAUCCUUGCAGACUUUGGAACAAAGUCCUAUAUCGUUGGUUCGACAAAUUCCUUGUUGCUUCAACAGAGAGACAGGUACUCGGACAUACUUGUAAAUCUUGAUGAAAAUUCUAUUAAUGUGACAUCUCCGUCCUUACGUGCUGCACUAGUACUCUCGGCCGCCGACAGGAGAUGGAUAGAUGCUCUAGUAUUUUCAGUCACAGAAUCCUGGGAUGAAGCAGAUCCAUCAAGGCCGAAGACUAUGGGCUUCGUUGGAAGUGAGGAUUAUAUCCGUCUCCAGUUCGAGGAGUAUGUACUCUCCAUGGUGUCAUCUGUGAAAUAUCAUCUAUUUUUAGACAAACAUCAUGGGUCGGAUCAAAAUUUAUUUUUACCAGAUAUCGAGGGAGAUCCGGCAUACGAUUUUCAGAUGGACUGGGUGGAUUAUUGGAAAAUGACAGAGAAUUUCCGUAUAUUCCAAAAGUUCACUGAUUCUGAAUUGUUUGAUCUUGUCCCUCCAAAGCAUGUGAUGGCUGGUGGUCUUACCAUGGAAGAUGUUCAACGACGAAUCGUCCAACAAAUGAGGGAAUUAGGAGUAGACGAGAAGGUUAACCGUGGCCGAGAAGUCCUCGCCACAACUCUAGCCUCAGGCCGCACCAAUGUCACGACAGUAUUUAGUAACCUGUCGAAGAAUGUAGAGAAGUUUAGGGAGCAAAGAAGGUCCCAGGAUGUUACUCCCCAACCCAAUUCUGAGGUCAUCACAAGCCCGACAAGUGAAGGAUUACCAGCUACAGAAUCUGCCGCAGCUUCGACCGCCACCACCAGUAUAGCAACUCCUGCGAUACCAGUGGCCGAAACAGUAACCCGUGCUGGGACAUAUUUCUCGUCCUGGGCAGCUUGGGCUGGGGAAAAGAAAAAAGCCUUUGUAAAGCCCUCCAUCACUAGUCCUCCACCGGAGCCAGCCACAGAUGCAAACGAAAAAUCUCUACCUCCUGAUCCCCCAAAGAAGUCUUUUGAGGAGUCAAUCUUCGAUGCAAGAGCAAGAGCUGCAUAUGGUGGGUCUGACUCGCCUAUUAUGUCGCCCCAGAGGAACAGUGGCAGUGGCUUUCCCCUUGGUGCAGCGAAAAAUUUGGAUGAUGAGAAGGGUGUUGGCCUUGGAAUUGCUAAUCUAGAACCCAAGAACUCACCUGUCCCAACUACUGAGCGGCCAUUGCCUCCCAAGUUGGACAAGGUUCUACCAAUCGAUGAAGAGCGGCGAAGCAUGCCUCCUCCGACGCCAGCGAAACAAGUCCUAGCCGAGGAAGAGAGAGCGAAAACGGAUAUGCCUUCAGUGACACCGGCGAAGUCAACCUUACCAAUCGAGGAAGAAGGGGGGGAAAGGGGCAUACCUUCUCCGACACCUGCGAAGGCAGUUGAGGAGGAAGAACAGGGCAUGUCACCCCCAACCUCAAUGGAGAAAGCUCCAUUAUGCGAGAGAGAGCAAAUAGAAACGGGUAUGCAUUUAGCAGCGCCGGUAGGGUCAGGUCUGUCAGUGGAGGAAGAAAAAACCGAAAAGGUUAUGCCUCCCCCAGAGCCAGUUAAAUCGGUCCUGCCAAUUGAGGAAGAGGAUAUUCCUCCUCCAACGCCCGUGAAGGAUGAGCCGAAAACAGUCUUCCCGGGUGUGCAAGAAGAAGUCAUUCAAGCAUCACCGGAUACCGAGUCGAGUCACAACCCCGGGUUGCCCGUAGAGAAACCUGUUGAGUCCCCAGUACUGGAUCCCGAGAGCAUCGAAUCUACUCAAUUACUUGCAUCGGCAUUGGAGGUAGAGAUACCUACAAAGGCCGAAACUGAUACCGCUCAGCCCCUCGCAUCACCAGUUGAGAAGGUUGAAUCUCCGAAACUAGUUGUACGGAAAAGGAGAGUGGUAGUUGAACCGACUCAACCAUCUUCACCAGUUUUGGAAAAAGUAGAAAGGCCUCUAAGACCAGGAAGACUUGCGCAGACCCCUUUUGGGCCAACUAUAGGGGUGACCUCCGAGAUCUCCUCGGUCGCAGAAAAGAUAGCCAGGCGUUCUAUUCCAACUUUCGAGACGGCCAUCGGCUCCAUCAAAUCAGAGGUGUCACCAGAACCGAUGAAAAGCCCCGAUUAUAAUAAAGCUUCUCCGAUGGAGGCGAUUUCGGCUAGAGCGAAGUCACCCGAGUCCUUUAGGGUUGGAAGGCAUAUAAGAGGCGAAUCUGUUACCCACACCUCUCCCCAAGAAACCAUCAUUAAGCCUUUAAGUCGCGCAGGAACCGAAUCUGCAACGAUUGGUCUCAAAACAUCAGGGGAGUCCCUAAGAUCAACGAGAUUUAUGAGAAGUGAGUCUCCAGUAACCAUCACUGGGGAGCCUGUCCUUAAGCCCACGAGGCAUACAAGAAACGACUCCGGGAGUUUGAGUCCUGUCAGAGAGCCUGCUCUGAGACCCAUCAGGCACGCAAGAACAGAGUCGGGAAGCAUGAACUCCGACAAUAGCGUUUUGAGGUCUGUAGGACACGUGAGGGUUGAAUCUGGAAGCACGGGCCUUGACAGAGAACCUAUUUUGAGACCUAUAAGACACGCAAGAACAGAGUCUGGAAGUAUGAACUCCGACAAGGAUUCUGUUCUGAGGUCUGUGGGUCAUACAAGGACUGAUUCCGGGAGAAUGAGUCCCGAAAAGGAUUCGAGCCUGAGAUCUAUUGGCCACAUUAGAAGCGAAUCCGGAAGCACGAGCCCAGAAAAACCAGCUCUCAAACCUGAACGGAUCAAGAGUUCUAUUGCAGAGCGUGCAAAGAGAUUUAGUCAGCAAGAAGAUCCAGACGCCCCAAAAUCUUCAUUUGCUGCCAGAAGAGCUAUGUUUGAGAAGAAGUGA